UCUGGACAACAACUUUUUGUUGGGGUGUGGACAGCUGUGUAAAUGUCUUUUAAUUUGUGGUUGUUCCGAUGCCAAAGAGGGCAGUCCCAUCCCACAGGACACGUGAGAAAAUGACCACCUCAUAGAAAGGUGCACAUCUGUACACUUCUACACGUGGAGCUGCAAAGACCAAAAUGAUCUGGAUAACUCUAUUUUUGUUUCAUAUUUUUUCUUAUCUUUUUGCAUCAUCAGAUCUGCAUGUGAAUACCAGGAACAUUCAUCACGAUGAACCAGUAAUAUUAAAUGAACAAUCUGAAGAUGUGUCUUUUCAAAGCCAAAAAGAAUAUAACAGCGGUACUGGCAAAGACAAGUGCACAAUGCCAUGUGAAAUGACUGCAAAACUAAUGCGUGAUGAGAAGCAUUCCCUGUGCAGUAUCCUCCAACAUACCAUGGUAUCAUAUACAAGAAGCACCAGAAAGUUGAUUAGAGACCUCAUUGAUGAACAGCAGAAGACUUUGGAGAUCCUCUCAAGUCAGAUGAUUGAACUUAUGACCAAAGUAAACACACUGAGUUUAGAUGUACAGAGAAGCAACAGCGACGUCUUUUCCAUUCACCCUAUGCAGUCCCACGGAAGAGAUUGUAGUGACAUCAAAGAGACACUAGGGGCAGUAUCUCCGAAAAUCCCUAGUGGAAUUUACAUCAUUCAGCCAGAAAACACAGAUGUUUCAUUUGAGGUGUUUUGUGAGAUGGAUUACAUGGAAGGUGGAUGGACGGUAAUCCAAAGAAGAACAGAUGGUCUCACUGACUUCAAAAAAGUGUGGUCAGAGUACUUGGAUGGUUUUGGACACUUACCAAGUGAACAUUGGUUGGGUCUGAGAAAGGUCUUGUAUAUUUUGAAUCAGAGGAACACACGUUUCCAGCUGCAUGUGUCUCUGGUCUCGCAAGAUGAUUCCACAGCCUAUGCUUCGUAUGACAAUUUCUGGCUUGAAGAUGAAACCAAAUUCUUCGCAUUACACCUUGGCAGAUAUGCCGGUAGUGCAGGGGAUGCAUUCAGAGGAUACGACCAAGAGCAUAACCAGGAAACGGCUCCAUUCAGUACCUCUGAUGUUGACAACGAUGGCUGUAGUCCAUUUUGCACUUUUGAUGAGAAAGCCGUUGAGAGCUGCAGCGUGCAUCAGAACAACACAGGAUGGUGGUUUAACCAGUGUGGCAAGGCAAAUUUAAAUGGCUCACAAAUGGACCAUGAUCACUCUAACCAGUCACAUAUUCGCUGGGAUACCUGGACAAAGAACGGCAUACCUGUCAAAAUCAAAUCGGUGACUAUGAAGAUCAGGAGGGUUGAGGUCCCGAACUCAAAAUAAAUUACUAAGGCUUAGUCGUUGAUCAAGAAUGCACUUUUAUUUUCCUUUCAUAAAAAUAAAACAUCUGGUUUUGCGAUGCAUCAAGGCCCUAUAUUUACAAAGCCACAAUAUUUGAAGAGUUUGGUUCCAAAACGCAAUAAACGGCAUUUAAUUACUGCAAAAUUCAGUAUUGUAUCUGGUCAGUACUACAAAGUAAAUUCUUUAUUUUACUCAAAAAAGUGUUAUUUUGUCAUCUUUACUCCCUUUUUUUCCAAACCGUGACAAACGCCAGUCUUCAUUCUCUGCAGAAUUAAAUAAAUCCCCUUAACCAAUCACAGCGCACCAUUCCACACAUUGUAAACAAUGAUGGCGGCGCGUUAAAUACACACAGAAUCCUAGUUUUCCUCAUUUACUUUGUACUUCAUGAUCAAACAAAAACAAAAUAAUACUUUUGAUGGCAUUGCUAUGUCAUGCUAACACAUUGGCCCCAGAGGAUCUUAUGAAAAACUUUCCAUUAUUUAACAGGAUCAAAACAUUUUACAGCUGAUCGCUGUCAAAAAAAUGUAAACAUUUUUUAUCAGUGUAUACCACUAGUCAACU